AUGAACACGAACGAUGCCAAGGAGUACCUGGCGCGCAGGGAGAUCCCACAGCUGUUCGAGGGUGUCCACGCCGACGCCUGCUCGGCCUACAACGAGUGUCCUGGACCCAUCACAGCGCUGGAGUUGUGGUCAGGAGCUUUCAUCGCCAUCGUUUACUUCUGUGUUUGUGCCUGCUCUUCCAGCAUGGACCAGCUGGAGUCCACGUGA